AUGAUCGACCUCGCAUCCACUUUGAACGAGGAGCAACUCGCCAUUCUCAAGGACGCCGCUCUCGACUUUGCGCUCUCCAACGGACUGGUCGUUCGCCCACCACCUUCUACCGACGACGCCACUACUCAGCAAGGAGGAGUCAUCAAUGCACCCGUCGCGCUCUUCCCCACACCGUUCCCCGUCAAUGCUUUCAAUAACGCCGUCAAGAUCCAACCUCUCUACAACCAAUUGGUGCACGAUAUUUCCCAGGACGAUGCUUUCUUGAAGGAGAUCAUGGAGAGUCUGUCGACUGUUGAUGAUUUUGUUAAGCGUCUUUACGAUCUUUACCUGGAGGUCAAGAAGGAAGGCAUCGCCCAGCCUGCUUCGUUGGGUGUGCAUCGAUCGGACUAUAUCAUUAACUUGAACCCAGGUCAGGACUUUUCCAAGGCAGAGAUCAAGCAGGUCGAGCUCAACACCAUCUCUGUCUCCUUUGGCAGUCUCUCGUCGCUCACAGGAGACCUUCACAGAUACUUGCAGACAACUACAGGAUACUUUUCAGACAAGAUCGACAUCUCUGCAUUGCCCAAUAGUGACUCGAUCGAGUCAAUUGCUUCCGGACUGGCUUCUGCACACAAGCACUAUGGAUCCAAAGCUGCAAAGGUCAUGAUGGUGGUUCAGCCUGGCGAGAGGAAUGCCUUUGACCAGCGAUGGAUCGAAUACAACCUCUUGAAAAAGCACGGAGUAGUACUUAUCAGGAAAACUCUUGCAGAGGUUGCAGACCAAGGACGAUUGGACCCCAAGACAAAGGCUCUCUUCAUUGGCGAUCAGGAAGUUUCUGUCGCAUAUUACCGAUCGGCCUAUGCCACGACUGACUACCCAACAGAAAAAGAAUGGGAUGGUAGACUACUUGCAGAGAAGUCGCUGGCGAUCAAGUGUCCCACAAUCGCAUAUCAACUCGUUGGUACCAAGAAGGUCCAGCAGGUCCUGGCGGCUCCCGGUCAGCUGGAGCGGUUUGUCAAGAAUCCAGAGACGGUUCGUCAGCUCCGUGCAUCGUUCACUGGGCUUUACCCCCUGGAUCAUUCACCCGAGGGACUGGCCGCCUAUGAAGCUGCACUCAAAAACAGUGACGAGCUUGUCAUGAAGCCCCAGCGCGAAGGAGGAGGGAACAACAUUUACGGGAAGGACAUUCAGGAGUCGCUCAAGACAUUGACGGCAGAGCAGAGGAACGCGUACAUCUUGAUGGAUAUCAUCCGGCCACCCAUCACCAAGAAUGUCCUCCUCAGGAAGGGUCAGCUCCUGCGGGCAGAUGUUGUCUCAGAGUUGGGGGUCUAUGGCAUUUACCUGCACGAUGGCCACAAGGUUAUCCGGAACGAUAACGGAGGCCAUUUGCUCCGCACAAAGGGGGUCGAAAGCAAUGAGGGCGGUGUUGCUGCAGGAUUCGCAGUUAUUGAUUCCCCCCUACUUGUUUAA